AGAGAGAGAAAGAGGAGGAGGAGCUGAGCUGAGAGACAAUAAUAUAUUCAAUUCUCUUUUUUUCUUUCUUAAUUAUAAUAUUGUCAGCUGCCAUGGUAGCCCAGGGAAGCUAGCUAGCUAGUAUUCUUCUGUUCUUUUGCUGCUGCGAAGAUUCAAACAAGAGAGAUAAUAAUAAGUAUAGAGCUAGAGAGAGAGAGAGAGGAUUGGAUGGAGUCAUGCAUAUGAAACCAAAUUCUCUUUCUUAAUUCUUCUUCUUCUUCUUCUUAUGUUGUUGUUUCAUGUUUGUGUUUAGAUUCAAGUGAGAAUAUAUUUCUGGGAUUUAGCUGUUUUCAGCAAAUCUUUUGUUGUUGUUUCAUAGCUUAUUUGAAGAAUUGAAGCUAAAAUAAGGUGCAAAAAUGAUGGCGGAUGAUGCCCUCUCUUCUCUCACAUCCUCCAUUAGAGGCUUCAUUCAAGAUCCAAACCCUAAUAACAACACCAACAACCCAAACCCUAAUCCAAAUCCAGCCAAGAGAAAGAGAAACCUCCCAGGAAAUCCAGAUCCAGAUGCAGAAGUGAUAGCUUUGUCACCAAAGUCCCUGAUGGCGACGAACAGAUUCGUGUGCGAAAUCUGCAACAAGGGUUUCCAGAGAGACCAGAACCUGCAACUCCACAGGAGAGGGCACAACCUGCCAUGGAAGCUGAAGCAGAGAAGCAAGCAGGAAGUGGUGAAGAAGAAGGUGUACAUAUGCCCAGAGAAGAGCUGUGUCCACCAUGACCCUUCCAGAGCUCUGGGAGACCUCACAGGGAUCAAGAAACACUACAGCAGAAAGCAUGGGGAGAAGAAGUGGAAGUGUGAUAAGUGCUCCAAGAAAUAUGCUGUCCAGUCUGAUUGGAAAGCCCAUAGCAAGAUUUGUGGCACUAGAGAGUAUAAAUGUGACUGUGGAACUCUCUUCUCCAGAAAGGACAGUUUUAUCACACACAGAGCAUUCUGCGAUGCAUUAGCGGAAGAGAGCGCGAGGUUCACUUCACUCCCGGCGCCGAAUCUCAACUUCCGACACGAACUCCUAAACGCCGGACUCUCCACGUCAGCUCUCCAGCACCCUCAGUUCGGUUCCCACGUCUUCCGGCCGCCGCCGCAUCACGACUUAAUGGGGGGCGGGUUUGACCCGGCGAGUCAACUCACUUUAGACGGCCAAAAACCAAGAUUACCCCUCUGGCUCGACGCCGCCAAUUCCGACCAUCAUCUCAGCACCGCCAACGGCGAGUUCCUGGUGCCGCCGCCGCCCGCGUCCACGGCGGCCGCCUUGCCGCAAGAGCUCCUCAUGUGGAGCGGCGGAGGCGGCAGCGCGUCGUCGUCCACGGCCGUGCUGAAGGAGGAGGAGCACAAAGGGAAUAUUAUAUCCGAAGCCAUGAAUUCGUUGUACUACAACUCGCCGGAGGCGGCGGCGCCGCCUCCGGCGGCGCACAUGUCGGCGACGGCGCUGCUGCAGAAGGCGGCGCAAAUGGGGUCGACGAGGAGCGGGAAUUCGGGGAUUUUCGGGAACGGGUUCGGGCUAACGGGCUCGACCCUUUCCACGCUAGACAGUUACAAUAAUAACGCGAGGAAUAAAGUCCACCAUCAUCACCAAAACAUCCUCGGAAACGGAAACGGAAACUCGACAGGAUUAAUGUCCGUUAACGAUCAAAUGAACAACAACAACAACAACAAUGGGUUAUUGUUAAUGAUGCAAAACAAGGGAAAACAAGUGAGCCUUGGAGGAAACGAAGGAGUUGACGGGAGUUUGACCAGAGAUUUCCUGGGCGUGGGUGGGAGCCAUGAUCAGAACAGACCCUUUUUGCAGCAGAACGAGUUAGCCAAUUUCGCUUCUGCUUCAACCGUGGGUUUGAACCAGUACGGCAACCACUAAUAAAGAAAGCUUUAAAGCAAAAAAGUGGAUCGAUAGAUGUAGUUUUGAUAGAUAGAUAGAUGAUGAUGAUCAGAUAAGAUUGUUACGUUCUUCAAUUCUCAUCUCAUCUAAUUAUCUCAUCUGAUGUUGCAUGGUAGAAUUGCAAUUAAUUUUCUGACGAUUUGAAGCUGGGAUUGAAGUUUGAAGAACUUGUGAAUUGUCAGAGGAAAUUAAGAGGGGAGAAUUGGCCUGGGGCCAGAUCAGAGACAUGCAUGAUGACAAAAAGCUACAUGGCAAUAUCACAAGGCAAGCAGCCUUUCCUCUAUUAUGUUUCUUACUGCAUGUAGAAAAACAUCAUUUCUACUUUUUUUUUCUCUAUAGUUAAAAAAAAAAAAUUAAUGGACCACUACUGUGAGUCUGUGACUAGCCAGCAGCCAAAUAGGCUCACUCCUAUAGUGCCAAAAUUUUAGUUUUUUUCUUUCUUGAAGCUAUUAUGGACAACUAAAUGCUUGAUUCUCAUUAAGCUUCAUUCUUGAAUUUACUGAAAUGUAAGAUAUGAAGAAGCUAAGCUAGAAUUAAGCUUUUAUUACA